CAAGGCUGGUCUCCCACUGUGCAUUCAGACGCAUGUGUAUGUCUGUGUAGUAUGUGUGCCUGCUCCUGUAUGUGGUUCUGCAGCCAAGGUCCUUCAGAAGAACUUUAACAGGAAACUGGAACUCAGCAAGCUCUUGGCUAUUGCAUAGAUAGUCCCAAAAUUGCUUUUGUGUCUAUACGUCCAUUUUAGAAAAAAGGAAAAAGGCAGAGGGGGGGGAAAAAAGAAGAAACAGGAAAAAAUCCCAAAGACUUCUAGCCAGGAUUACCUUACUUCCACCUGUCACCACUGAUGUCCUCUCAAGGUUAGAACUCGAGCGACGUGAGGCCAUCUUAAACCAAACGCCGUUUGAAAGGAGCUCUAUGAAGGAACAGCAGGCACUGGAAGGAAAACAGGAGUGCCCACAGGAACAUGAACAACAGCUUGCAAAUUAACCUGCCCAGGACCUGGGCCGGUUCAAAUCGCUCACUCCAGGAGAAGUCUGAGCAUUCCUUUUUUCUUUUCUAUUACUAUAGGAUGGAGGACGAGGCAGUACUGGAUAGAGGGGCUUCCUUCCUUAAACAUGUAUGUGAUGAAGAAGAAGUGGAAGGUCAUCACACUAUUUACAUUGGGGUCCAUGUGCCGAAGAGCUAUAGAAGAAGGAGGCGUCAUAGAAGAAGACCUGGGCACAAAGAAAAGAAAGAAAAGGAGAAAAUCUCUGAGAACUAUUCCGACAAAUCAGACGUAGAAAAUGCUGAUGAGACAAGCAGCAGCAUCCUUAAACCACUCAUCUCCCCCGCUGCUGAACGCAUCCGCUUCAUCCUCGGAGAGGAAGAUGAUAGCCCCGCGCCCCCGCAGCUCUUCACAGAGCUGGAUGAACUUCUGGCCAUCGAUGGACAAGAGAUGGAAUGGAAAGAGACUGCAAGGUGGAUCAAGUUCGAGGAGAAGGUAGAACAAGGUGGGGAGAGAUGGAGCAAACCUCAUGUGGCCACCUUGUCCCUGCACAGCUUGUUUGAAUUGAGGAUGUGUAUAGAGAAAGGCUCAAUAAUGCUGGAUAUGGAGGCAUCUUCUCUCCCGCAGGUGGUGGAAAUGAUCGUUGACAAUCAGAUCGAGACGGGGCUUUUGAAAUCGGAACUGAAGGAUAAAGUCACCUACACGCUGCUCAGGAAGCACCGACACCAGACCAAGAAAUCCAACCUGCGCUCUCUGGCUGACAUUGGAAAGACCGUCUCCAGUGCAAGUAGGAUGUUUACCAACCCCGAUAAUGCACGCAGCCCACUCGAGAGCUCCGUGCCCUGUCUAGCAACCCGCACGUUGGAUGAUGAAAUCCGAGUGCAGCUCAGCCCCAGCGUGGGAUGGCUCAGCAGCCCAGCCAUGACUCACAGAAACCUGACUUCCACCAGUCUGAAUGACAUCUCUGACAAGCCUGAGAAAGAUCAGCUGAAGAAUAAAUUCAUGAAGAAAUUGCCCCGUGAUGCUGAGGCCUCCAAUGUGCUGGUGGGGGAGGUAGACUUCCUGGAGAGUCCUUUCAUUGCCUUCGUCCGGCUGCAGCAGGCGGUCAUGUUGGGUGCUCUGACUGAAGUCCCUGUACCUACCCGAUUUCUCUUCAUUCUACUUGGACCGAAGGGCAAAGCAAAGUCCUACCAUGAGAUUGGCCGAGCCAUUGCCACUCUAAUGUCAGAUGAGGUAUUCCACGACAUUGCCUAUAAAGCCAAGGACCGGCAGGACCUGAUUGCUGGCAUUGAUGAGUUUCUGGAUGAAGUCAUUGUGCUCCCCCCUGGGGAAUGGGAUCCAGCCAUUAGGAUAGAGCCCCCCAAGUCUCUUCCUUCUUCAGAUAAAAGGAAAAACAUGUACUCUGGUGGAGAAAAUCUACAGAUGAAUGGCGACACGCCUCAUGAUGGAGGACACGGCAGCGGGGGCCAUGGGGACUGUGAAGAACUGCAACGAACUGGCAGAUUCUGUGGUGGCUUAAUCAAAGACAUAAAGAGGAAAGCACCGUUCUUUGCCAGUGACUUCUAUGAUGCUUUAAAUAUUCAAGCCCUUUCAGCCAUUCUUUUCAUCUACCUGGCCACAGUGACCAACGCUAUCACUUUUGGAGGACUGCUUGGUGACGCUACAGAAAACAUGCAGGGCGUGUUGGAGAGCUUCCUGGGCACGGCAGUCACUGGUGCGAUAUUUUGCCUUUUUGCUGGUCAGCCACUCACAAUUUUGAGCAGCACAGGACCUGUCCUUGUCUUUGAACGGCUUCUCUUUAAUUUCAGCAAAGACAAUGAUUUUGACUACCUGGAGUUUCGUCUCUGGAUCGGCCUUUGGUCAGCCUUCCAAUGUCUCAUUCUUGUCGCUACUGAUGCCAGCUUCCUGGUCAAGUACUUCACCCGCUUCACCGAAGAAGGUUUUUCCUCCCUUAUUAGCUUCAUCUUCAUUUAUGAUGCUUUCAAGAAGAUGAUCAAGCUGGCAGAUCAUUACCCGAUCAACUCCGAGUUCAAGGUGGACUAUAUCACACAUUACUCCUGUGCCUGCGAACCAUUAUAUCCAGUUAAUAGCUCGCUAUUUAACAGGACAACUGUGCCGUCAGCCGAUGAGCUGUUCUAUUCCUCUACUGAGAUGUACAACACCACCAUUGACUGGUCAUCUCUGACAAUGAAGGAGUGCUUGAAAUACGGAGGACAGCUUGUGGGCAACAACUGUGAAUAUGUCCCUGACAUCACCCUCAUGUCUUUCAUCCUCUUCUUUGGCACUUACACCUGCUCCAUGGCCCUGAAGAAAUUCAAGACCAGUCGCUAUUUUCCAACCACUGCCCGGAAGCUCAUCAGUGACUUUGCCAUUAUCUUGUCCAUUUUGAUUUUCUGUGGAAUAGAUGCCCUGGUAGGUGUGGACACACCCAAACUAAUCGUGCCAAGUGAAUUCAAGCCAACCAGUCCCGAGAGGGGUUGGUUUAUCCCACCUUUUGGAGGGAACCCAUGGUGGGUGUACCUGGCAGCAGCCAUCCCUGCACUGCUGGUGACUAUCCUCAUCUUCAUGGACCAGCAGAUCACAGCCGUCAUCGUCAACAGGAAGGAGCACAAGCUCAAGAAAGGUGCUGGAUAUCAUCUGGAUUUGUUCUGGGUGGCCAUUCUGAUGAUCAUAUGCUCCUUUAUGGGUCUGCCUUGGUAUGUUGCUGCUACCGUGAUCUCCAUUGCUCAUAUUGACAGCUUGAAGAUGGAGACGGAAACUUCAGCCCCUGGAGAACAGCCCAAGUUUUUGGGAGUGAGGGAGCAGAGAGUCACUGGAAUCAUUGUUUUCAUUCUGACUGGUGUGUCUGUCUUCAUGGCCCCUAUCCUAAAGUUCAUUCCAAUGCCUGUGCUCUACGGCGUCUUCCUCUACAUGGGUGUUGCUUCCCUUAACGGUGUGCAGUUCAUGGAUCGUCUGAAGCUUCUCUUGAUGCCUCUAAAGCACCAGCCAGACUUUAUUUACUUGCGUCACGUCCCACUGCGCAGGGUCCAUCUGUUCACCUUCCUGCAGGUGGUGUGCCUGGCCCUCCUCUGGAUCCUCAAGUCGACUGUGGCUGCUAUCAUAUUCCCUGUCAUGAUCCUGGCACUUGUGGCAGUCAGAAAAGCCAUGGACUACCUCUUCUCCCAGCAUGACUUAAGCUUUCUUGAUGACGUCAUUCCAGAAAAGGACAAGAAAAAGAAAGAGGAUGAGAAGAAGAAGAAAAAGAAGAAGGGCAGUAUGGACAGUGACAAUGAUGAUUCUGACUGCCCCUACUCAGAAAAAGUCCCAAGUAUUAAAAUACCAAUGGACAUCAUGGAGCAGGAACCUUUCCUAAGUGAUAGCAAACCUGCUGACAGAGAGAAAUCACCAACAUUCCUUGAACGCCAUACGUCGUGCUGAUACAAUUCCUUUCCUUCAGUCAUACACCAUGCCAAGCCCUCCACGAACUCCAGUAAAAGUUGUGCCUCAAAUUAGAAUAGAACUUGAGCCUGAAGACGGUGGUUAUUUCUGGAGGAGCAAGGGAACAGAAACUACUUUGUAAUUUGUCUGUCUGUUAAAUCUUUUAUGGAAUUUAUUUUGUCACUAGCCAAAUAUUAAAAUGCUCUCUGCUCCCCACCUGCAUAGGUAAAUGAGAUGCCCCAUGGUGCCCCUCCACCCUUGCCCAUGCAGAUCUCCUCUUGAUCCCUCCUCACCCAGUUUUCCCGCACUGACCAAGACUUGUUUUGCCUUCUCUGUUGCUUCGACAUGCACGCACCUCUCUCAUUUACAAGCAGAGGGCGGAAGUUUUAAGGAUAUCAUAUUGUACCUGUGGGAGAUGCCAGAGGAACUGGCAUUACUUAGUUGUGAAUCAGUGUUUCUUUGUUUGUCUGUUUGUUGUCCGGCAGAACAAAACUGACCUCCAGGCUAAUUCGAUGUCUUGCUUACACUGCUCAAAGAUGCUGGAAAGUGCUGCUAAUACUAACCUGCUCUUAAAGCCUGUACUUGCAGUUAACACAGGAAGGAAAAGGAAAAGGUACUUCACUCCCAGCACAGACAAACCAUUGCCAUCGUUGUAGCAUGUGUUUUGAAAUGUCCCUUUCCUAUGCAAUUUUUUUUUAAAGAAACACUUUAAUGGACUUAAUCCGUCAGGUACAUUGAAGAGUGUUAUUUUCCUAGAUUAUUUUGUUUAAAUUAUGGGGGCCUAACCUAUGACUUUUUUUGUCAAUUUUUUUAACCUUUUUUUAAUUACUGUAAAGAAAAAUGAAUUUUUCCUGCAGCAGGAAACAUAUAGUUAUGAGUAGUUCUACCUCUUAUUUCUAGAUGCCAGGCUUUCUGUAAAAAAUGUAUUGUACCAUAUAUAAUGUGAUUUUUACAAAAAAAAAAACCAACAAAAAAACCCACACAAAACAAAACACAAAACCACAACACCAUACCACAAUCUCCAGGACAUGGCAUAGGGCUGGAUCAGUUUGAUUAACACCUUCUACUCUGAAGCAUCUGUUUUAAUUAGUGUUAUGUUAUUUUAUUUUAUUUUUUAAUAAGUAAUUAACUUUACUAUGAAGGAGAUGGGAUGUAACUUAAAUUUCUUGUGAUCUAGGAAGAGUCUUAAAUGUAAUGUCGGGAAGCAAAAUACUGACUGGCUACCGACAUCAGUGGACAGAUGCUGAUUGUAUUCACGUUGUUGAUUUCUGACAUGGUAUUGUUUGAAUUAUUUCUUUCGAGACAUCGGUGUGUGCACGUGUGUGUAUGUGUAUACGUGAGAAGACACCAGGUGUGCUUCAGGCACAGUGACGAUGCAAUGGAGUGGAAAGACGGCUGAAGAUGGCCUACUGGGAUGUUCAUCCCAAUGCUUAUGUUCACCAGGCUUGCAAACAUCGUCAUCCUCUAGCAGCCCACAUCUGUUUACCAUAAUCCAUGGGAUUUACCCCAAAUCUUGACUGCUCUAUCCUAGACUCACCUGUCUGUACCUGGUGAUGCAUCAGUACAAAGCAGGCUAAUCCUGGGCAUGCCCAGGCUUUUGGUUUUAAACCAAGCAAGCCAAUAUCACCUUGGGAGAGAUGAUUUUCUCUCUGUAAUAUGUAUGCAUAUGUACUUGUGUGUGCAUGUAAGCAUGCAUUUGGGAAAUUGGGCUUCACCAAGACGUUUCUUUGAUGAAAUGUGAGGACUACACAUAACACACUAAAAGCUUCAUCGAGAGAAAAAAAAAAAAAAGAAAAAAAAGAAAAAAAAAAAAGCCUAGCUAUAAGGGCUUAAUUCCCCAAUGGAGAAAAAUUCUGCUGCAGAGGACAGGCACGUUGCUGCUGCUUUUGUCCUUGCGAAACCAAAGUCCAUGUUGGUAAGUAAACAGAAUUUCAUGAUGGUGCUGAGACCUUAUAUGCCAAAUUUUAGUAUCUACUCACUUGUAGUAGCCAUAUCGGCAAUGGGAGGUGCAGAAUAGGGCUAUUCUUUUCCUUCCCAGAUAGACUGUAGAAACAGCUGGCCACCUUACUUUCCCUACAGUGCUUUGGUUAAAGAAUGAGUUGAUAGAGACCCUGAUAGUUUGAGCUUGAUCUCCUGCAGAAGGACAGUGGAGCUGCAGAGGCACCUGCACCACACACACACGUGCACACACCUCCGUACAUUCCCCCACUCGAUCUUGAGGAUCUCGGUUUCAGCUUCCAUGAAAUGUGUGUUGAUUCUCAGAUCAACAGUCCGGGAACCCAGCCCAAAUCCGCUUCUGAAAGGCUGGGAAAACAUCAGAAACGGCCAGAAAAGGAGCGACUCUGUGAUCCCUUCCGCUGCCGGGCCCCGCUAGCUGGAGGACGGAUAAGCUGGGAAGUGCAAUGCCAGCUUCAACCAACGGUUCCCAUCCCUUGGUCAACACAAGUCCAUAGCUCCCAAAGGGGAAACGGACUCGAGUGUCACCUCCAGAGUACACGGGAGCUGCUUGUGCUUUGCCUGGACCUUUCAUUUGUCAGGAUCCCAAUAACG